UUGGGCCGGGUGUGAAGCGGUUCCGACCUCAGCCUUCCAGCUUCGACGCAGAGGAAGCGACUACCCCCCCGGCGUCAAUCUUUGACCGUCAACGAAGAGACCGUAGAAGGCUGAAGCGAGACACCUGUUCCCGCUUCGACGCAUAGAGGAAGCUACUAUCGUCCGCGUCGAUCGUUGACGGCUUCCAUAUCCAUAUCCCCAUUCCAGUAUGAAUUAUGAAGCACUGAACCCCAGCAAGCGGAUUGUUAAGCUCUAUCAGUGCCGAACCCAUUGAGAUUACCAAGUUGUUAUCCGGUCAAUAGAACCCGCGUUUUUGAAAGAUUAUCUGACCCUACUUGACCCGUCCCACCCUAGCUAAUACUUUGCAGUUUAGCUGAAAAAGAUGGGGAAGAAGAUACAGAAGCAUUGCGUGGAGGAUUUCAACACCUUGAUAUGUCAAAUGAAGAAGCAAGAGAAGGAGCUUAGGCUCAAAAGAAGGUGGUUAUUGGGUAUAACUUUAUCACGAUCAGAGAUGAGUCGACUAGAGUUGCUUCUUCCACCACAGGACAAGUUUGUACCUGAAUCAGUGCUUAGAGAAGAUGAUUUAAGUUAUGAGAGCAUCAAAACAUUUGUUGAAGAGACACUCGGAAUGCUUAAAGAGACUGAAAGGAAAAAUUAUGUGACUGAAGAAGAAAUACGACUCUUUGACUCACCAGACAAGGAUACAAUAAAGUAUAUCAUCUCCUUGCUAGAUGAAAUGACCAACAAAGAGCUAUUCUCUCUUACCAAGAUUUUGACAAAUGGCUCUGUUCACUUCCUCAAAACAAAAAAGAAGAUGAAAAAUAUUAUCCAAGAGUUUCUACCUAGACUUUUUGAAUCUCAUGAUGACCAAAGCCGAAUCAAAUUGACGCAAGUCAAACAACUCCUUACAAAUCCAACCCAGUCAUUCCGUACUGCUAUUAUCGAUGUCCUUUCUAGGCUUGAGGAACUCUCUUUUGUCACACUAGUUGCAAUGCAUCGAAAUCUCAGAGGGGUCAAGGGAUUCACUCCAAAAUCACAACACAAUAAGCCUGGCAGGUCUCUUGAGAGCUUGAUUAAACAAAUAAGGAAAAUAUCAAUGAAAUUGUUGCAAAAAUUCAGGGAUGGAGACGAACCACCAAGGCCCUUGGUAAAAGCUUUAUCAGUUGCAUACUUGGUGUUAAACCCAGAAUUGAGAAAUGUUUUCUCUAAUGUUUCACCUGAUAUAGAGAAGCUACAAACUGAUAUUAUGAGUGCUAUUAAAUUGGUCAAAGCUAAAAGGAAAGUGAGCCGCAUAGAAUUGGAAAAAUGCAUACUUAUGCUCGACCCGGAGUUUAAACAAAAGGCACCAGAAAAAAGUUUUCGUGCGCGUAUUGUACUGAAGAAUUUGUUGACUGCAUAUCUUUUAGAGUGCUGCAAUAUGGACACUAUACCAGAACGUUUGCUAGAAACAGUUAGAUUUAUUAUUGAUAUAUCUGAGAAGAAAAGCGCAUCCUGCACUGGCAAAACUAGUGGACGGGCGACCAGAGCCCUGGCCUGGUCUCAUCCUAAAUGUGGAGCCUUGUCUACGCCCAUGCCAACCUGCAGAACCUUUUCAGACGAGGAGGUACAGGAAGAAGUACACCUGUUGCUGAAUUUGAGUGCUCAGGCUAAGCAGAUAGUGUGGAAUUUUCUUCCAGAAAAUAAAUUUGACAAAGAUUUUGCUGAUGCAUACAUGGAUGAUGAUUAUGUUGAAGAGUGUUGUUAUGAUGGAGCAGGAGGCGGCUCUGAGUUUCAAGACUCCAUCUCAGGUCGUACUAGAUAUUAUAGUAAUAAUAACAUUGAUGAUAUAAAUUGCCAAUCAGAAAGUGUUGGUGAGACCAUCCCGGUUGAUGAUCCCAAAUCACCAGUCUCUUCAAGCCCUGCUGAAGUUCAUUCUCAUAAUUCAAGGUUGUCAAGCGCUGAUGCACUUUCCAAAAUUUCGUCUUGUAAUGGAGGUUCAGAAAAAUAUGAUGAUGAUGUGUUGAUGGAGAAUGCAUACCUCACUAUCCAAGAAGCGUGUGAUGAAACAAGCAUGUUUGCGUAUUCAUUUGUUGGCCAUGUGUUGAAUGGAUUGGACAAAUUAGAGAUGGCCCUUCAUGCUAAUGCAUCAGAUCCCACGAGGACUAUGUGUGAAGAUGGUGUGGGUUCCGUUGUGAUGAAUGCACUUGAACUUCUAGCGCCUUCAUUUCCUAUCAGAGGCAAAGAGGAAUUGAGAGUGUUCAUGGGUCUAUAGGGAAGGGAGGGUGGGAAAGAAUCAAUCGCCCAUGCAGAAGCAGGAAGCAGAGAAAAAGUUAUAUUCAAGUUGGUCUUUUUAGUUAUCAUCUUGUGAUUGUGAUUGAUUGGGAAGAAAGCUAUAUUUUGAUCUUAUCAAAGGCAAUUUUUUCUAUGUUUAAUCUCGCACACUUUUUAUGCAGAGGCAAAGAGGAAUUGAGAGUGUUCAUGGGUCUAUAGGGAAGGGAGGGUGGGAAAGAAUCAAUCGCCCAUGCAGAAGCAGGAAGCAGAGAAAAAGUUAUAUUCAAGUUGGUCUUUUUAGUUAUCAUCUUGUGAUUGUGAUUGAUUGGGAAGAAAGCUAUAUUUUGAUCUUAUCAAAGGCAAUUUUUUCUAUGUUUAAGUCUUAGCCUAUUUGCUAACAUUGAUUCUAUUGGCAAUUAAUGAAGUUCUAGCUGAAUUGACUGGAUUGGCCGUUUAUGCUCAUUCAUGAGACACUUAUAUUAGAAAUGUAUUUUAUUAAUUAUAUUAAAAAAACAUUUUAUUAAUAAAAUAAAGAUAAAUU